AUGGCACCAUUCCAGGACCUCUCUUACAACAUCCUUAUUCAAUUAAACGAACUCGAAGACUCCAUUCUCGAAACAAAGACUACAUAUUCGGUAAUCCUUUGCCCCGAUUCAAAGGGCCAGCGAGGUACCACCAUGCCUCCUCCGAAUGAGAUGGUACUGCUUGUCGAAAAACUGCAUCAGAUUCAGCCGCUGAUCGUGGGCAUGGUAGCCUUAGCCACCAAUCGAGUGGACCAGCGAGUGGCUGAAGGUCACCGACGACAGUUCGGGCUGUUACAGGUGCAGGUGCUCCAGAUGCUGGACGAGAUGGGCCAGAGGCUGGAAGAGGUGAACAAAAGGCUGGAAUCUGGCAAUCAGAAGCACAUGGGCUCUCGGCCAUGA